AUGUCAUUUGGCUUGCAGUUUGCAUUGAUGCAAACAUUCUCUGCAACCUUGAUAGACGAAGAUCAGUGGAUGUAUGAUUGUGUAAUGUCCGAAGAAGUUUAUAUGAAUGACCAAAAUGAAGACGAAGGUGGAAUGAAUGAAGAACAUGUGUUUGCUACCCAUGAUGAUGUUCUGCAAUGGGCUCAAUUUGUUGCUUAUGAAAUUGGAUUUGUGGCGGUGAUUAUGAGAUCAAACACAAAAAAUGGUAUUAGAGGAAGGACCUCAUUUAUUUUAAUUGGCUGUGAAAGGAGUGGUCAGUAUAGGGCCAAGAAGAAGGAUUUGGUAAGAACAUGUACUGGUAGUAGAAAAUGUGGGUGUCCAUUUAAGCUACGUGCAAAACCAGUUGUAGGGGGUGAAGGAUGGAUGGUGAAUUUAAUCUGUGGGAGGCACAAUCAUGAAUUGGCAAAGUCUUUAAUUGGGCAUCCAUAUGUCGGUAGACUAACUAAGGAUGAGAAGAUAAUUGUUGUUGAUAUGACAAAGUCAAUGGUCAGACCCAUAAAUAUUCUUCUAAUGUUGAAAGAGUAUAAUGUCAAUAGUUAUACAAUGAUCAAACAAAUAUACAAUGCAAGAAAUGCUUACCGUUCUUCCGUAAGAGGCAAUAAUACUGAAAUGCAACAACUAAUGGGGCUUCUUGAAUGGGAUCAAUAUAUUCAUUGGCAUAGAUUAAAGGAUGAAUAUGUUGUGCGUGACAUAUUUUGGAGUCAUCCUGAUGCAGUCAAAUUAACUAAUGUCUGUAAUUUGGUCUUUUUGAUAGACAGUACCUACAAGACAAACAAGUACAGACUGUCGUUACUUGAUAUUGUUGGUGUGACACCAACAGGGAUGGCAUUCUCUGCUGCCUUUGCCUAUUUGGAAGGAGAACAUCUGAGUAAAGAUGUUUGGGCUCUAGAAAGGUUUCGUCGUCUUUUCCUUAAACGUGAUGCACUCCCUAGAGUUAUUGUCAUUGACAGAGAUCUAGCAUUGAUAAAUGCGGUGAAAGUUGUAUUCCCUAAGUCCAUGAAUUUGUUGUGUCAGUUUCACAUUGAUAAGGAUGUGAAGGCAAAGUGUAAAACCCUUGUUGGUCAAAAAAAUGCAUUGGAUUAUGUAAUGGAAGCCUGGGAGAGUUUAGUGGAUUGUCCUUUUGAGCAACAGUUUGAUGACUGCCUUAAGAAGUUUGAAGUUGAUUGCUCACCAUAG